GCGCAGCCUAGUCCCGCCGUAGCCGCCGCCGCCAUUGGGGCAGGCGUCUCGUCAGAGCGUUCGCCUCCCUCUUAAAUCUCCGCGCAGUCCCAGAACAAAAGGACAGGAGAGUAAAGUACAAAAUGGUUCUUUGCAUCAGAAGGAUACAGUUCAUGACAAUGACUUUGAGCACUACCUUUCUGGACAGUCAAAUCAGGUGUGCUCUGAGGAAGGGACCUAUUUUGAGGGUCUCUCUAGUUCAGAGAGCACAGCAGGACCUUACUCUUGGUGAAAAGGAAUCAGAGCCAGCCUGGAUAUCUAUGCCAGGUCCCACAGAACCCAGUGCUCUGUAAGGCGAUGGUGGGACUGGAUGGGACUAGACCCUCUGCACUCAACUGGUGGCAGCUGUCAGGAAGGGAUCUCAGAGGUGACCCCUGGAAGGUUACCAGGAGUGGGUGUACAAACCCAGGCAUGGAGCAACAGUUAUCCCUCCAUGGCUGAUCCCUAUCUGUCCAGCUAUUACCCACCAUCCAUUGGAUUUCCCUACUCCCUCAGUGAGGCACCAUGGUCAACUGGAGGGGACCCUCCUAUCCCAUACCUCACCACCUAUGGACAGCUUAGUAAUGGAGACCAUCAUUUUAUGCAUGAUGCUGUGUUUGGGCAACCUGGGGGCUUGGGGAACAACAUCUAUCAACACAGGUUUAAUUUCUUCCCUGAAAACCCUGCCUUCUCAGCCUGGGGAACAAGUGGGUCUCAGGGGCAGCAGGCUCAGGGCUCAGCCUACGGGAGUAGCUACACCUACCCACCGAGCUCCCUGGGUGGCACAAUUGUUGACGGCCAGACGGGCUUUCAUAGUGACAGCCUUAACAAGGCCCCUGGUAUGAACAGCCUAGAGCAAGGUAUGGUGGGCCUGAAGAUUGGUGACGUCACCACCUCCACAGUCAAGACAGUGGGCUCAGUUGUCAGCAGUGUGGCAAUGACUGGUGUGCUUUCUGGCAGUGGUGGGGUGAAUGUAAACCUACCAGUUUCUAAGCCCACUUCAUGGGCAGCUAUUGCCAGCAAGCCUGCAAAGCCACAGCCGAAAAUGAAAGCAAAGGGUGGACCUGUCAUUGGAGGUGCUCUGCCACCUCCACCCAUAAAACAUAACAUGGACAUUGGCACCUGGGACAACAAGGGGCCUGUGCCCAAGGUCCCGGCACCCCAGCAGGUGCCAUCCCCCCAGUCUAUUCCCCAACCCCCACCGACUGUUCAACCUCUUCCAUCUCAGCCUCCCCCGAUGGCCCAGCCACAGUAUCAGAGUCCUCAGCAGCCACCACAAACACGCUGGGUCGCCCCUCGAAACAGAAAUGCAGUGUUUGGACAGAGUGGAGGGACUGCUGGUGACAGUAACACUCCUGGAAAUACCCACCCUAAUGCUGCCCCAAGUGUAGAGUCCCACCCUGUCCUUGAAAAACUGAAAGCUGCCCAUAGUUAUAAUCCUAAAGAGUUUGAUUGGAAUCUAAAAAACGGACGUGUGUUCAUCAUAAAGAGCUACUCAGAGGAUGAUAUUCACCGCUCCAUCAAAUACUCCAUCUGGUGCAGCACAGAGCAUGGCAAUAAGCGGCUGGACAGUGCCUUCCGUGCCACCAGCAGCAAAGGGCCUGUCUACCUCCUCUUCAGUGUCAAUGGGAGCGGGCAUUUUUGUGGGGUGGCUGAGAUGAAAUCACCAGUGGACUACGGCACAAGUGCUGGAGUCUGGUCUCAGGACAAAUGGAAGGGCAAGUUUGACGUUAAGUGGAUUUUUGUCAAGGACGUGCCCAACAACCAGCUCCGGCACAUCAGACUGGAGAACAAUGACAAUAAGCCAGUCACAAACUCACGUGACACCCAGGAAGUACCCUUGGAAAAAGCUAAGCAAGUACUGAAAAUCAUUGCUUCCUAUAAGCACACGACCUCCAUCUUUGAUGACUUCUCUCACUAUGAGAAACGCCAGGAGGAGGAGGAGGUGGUGCGCAAGGAACGGCAGAAUCGGAACAAGCAGUAAGAACAAACCAGUUUCUUCUGUGUUGCAGUGUUUGACUCGCAAACAUGGUCAAGAACAUUUGUAUGCUUGGUGCUGUCCCUGAUACAGGCCCAGAUCUCCUAGGCAGUCCUGCCUGCUGCAUCUCAAGGUUUUGGUUGUGUUGGGCAGGUCUUUGUGCCUCUGUAUUUUUUUAUGUAUUAUAGUAUUAUAGAACCCACUAAUAAAUGAUGUUUUUAUCAGCUUCAAUCAGACUGACCUAAUGUGAAAUGAAAGUACCCCUGAAAGCAAAGAAAGCAAAACAAAAAACUUAAUAUAUCCCAAAGAUGGUUCUUUGUUUUGGCAGAAAUUAUGUUCUUAUUAAUGUACUCACAGCCAUCUAACGUGUUUACAUGAGACCUUUUCUUUUUGCCCCUCUACUACUUUAUAAGUACCACUUAUAAAGUUAUAAGAACCCAGUUUUUCUUUUCCCUCCUUUUGGUCAUUUCAUGCAUUCUAUUAAAAUACUCCAAAAUGCUGACAUCAGUAAGUUAGUAAUCACCUGGUUUGACUGGUUUGCCAAACCAGUUAUCUGUCUAAGCUGCAAAUUUGCCCAUUUGAUUUUUUUUUUUUUUAACUAGGCAGAUACAUGUUAGUUUCACAGAUUUGGUGAAUGCUUUGUUUGUAACCAUCUGUUCUUACUAAGGCUGCCUUCCUCCUUGGUGGACUUUAAUGGUUGGGUGAAGGCUUUAUGAUGCCAGGCGUGGUGGUACUGCAGACCAGGGUCAGGUCCUUUGGGUUGGCUGCAGACCUUUUUAAACCCCUCUUCUCUGAGAAUCCUAAUGCCACUUUAUUUUUUCUACCAAUAAUGCUGGGUUUUAACCAUUGGUCUGAUAGUAUAGAUGGUGCUGAGGGUGCCGCUGAUUGUAAAUUUCACCAUGUGUGUCCAAUUUUUCUUUCCUGUUGAAUGGGGUAAAAAAGAAAAAAGAAAAGAAAGAAAAACCUGUAGUAACUGAACUUCUGAUUGUGGAAUGAGGGGCCGCUGAGCUUAUCACCACCCAGAGUUUGAAUUGAAGCAUGAAAAUGGUGCUCAUGCCUGUGGCUGCAGCCCGCUGACCCUGCACGUGCAUUCCCCAGCCCCACCCCCAGAGGAUUGCAGUUUACAGAGCAGAUUUGUCCUGAGACCACUUACUCCAGAAGACCCAAGUCAGAGUGGAAGUUGUAUGUCAGACUGUGUCACUUUCUCUGAACUGUUCUGCCUAUGUGGAGUCUGGACAACAUGAGAUAACCUCUCUAGGAGAUACAAGCCUUAAUAAAGAAUACUAUUUAGCA